AUGACUUCCUCGCAAGAUAACAAGGUCUUUCGCGCCACCACGACGGCUCCCGUCAAUAUUGCCGUGAUCAAAUAUUGGGGGAAAAGAGAUUCCACCCUGAAUCUGCCCACGAAUUCGUCGCUGUCCGUUACCCUGUCUCAGCGCUCUCUCCGCACUUUGACCACUGCCUCCUGCUCCGCCAAGUACCCCGCUGUGGAUGAGCUUACUCUUAAUGGGAAGCCUCAGGACAUCCAGUCUUCCAAGCGCACCCUUGCCUGUCUCUCCAACCUGCGUUCGCUCCGUCAGGCUGUAGAAGCGGCAGAUUCCUCGUUACCGAAGCUUUCUUCUCUUCCCCUGCGAAUUGUGUCGGAAAACAACUUCCCCACCGCGGCGGGUCUUGCCAGCUCCGCCGCCGGCUUUGCAGCCCUUGUUCGUGCCAUUGCAGAUCUCUACCAGCUUCCCCAGUCCCCGCGUGACCUGAGCCGUAUUGCUCGCCAGGGAUCCGGCUCUGCAUGUCGGUCACUGAUGGGCGGGUAUGUGGCUUGGCGCGCUGGCAGUCUGACAGAUGGAAGCGAUAGUCUGGCGGAGGAGGUUGCUCCCGCAUCACACUGGCCUGAAAUGCGCGCAGCCAUCUUGGUUGUUAGCGCGGAAAAGAAAGACGUCCCUAGCACCGAAGGCAUGCAAACCACUGUGGCUACGUCAACCCUCUUUGCUACCCGGGCGGCUUCCAUUGUCCCCGAACGGAUGGCUGCCAUUGAAACCGCAAUUCAAAACCGCGAUUUCCCCGCCUUCGCGGAGAUCACUAUGCAAGAUUCCAAUGGGUUCCAUGCUACCUGCCUGGACUCUUGGCCCCCGAUAUUCUACAUGAACGAUGUCUCUCGUAGCGCCGUUAGACUUGUGCAUGGUAUCAACCGUGCUGCUGGCCGUACGGUUUGUGCCUACACUUUCGAUGCCGGUCCGAACGCGGUGAUUUACUACCUAGAAAAGGACACAGAGCUCGUUGCGGGCACCAUCAAGGCUAUCUUAGGUGCAAGUGCCGAUGGCUGGGACGGACCUUUCUAUGAACCACUGAAAAACAUCACCGACCCUGGUGUCGCCCUGGACCAGCUUGAUUCCAGAACUGUGGAUGUGCUCAGAGAGGGAGUCGGCCGCGUCAUCUUGACCGGGGUUGGGGAGGGCCCGGUCAGCGUGAAUAAACAUCUGAUUAAUGAAACCGGUGAUAUCAUCUCUCUGUGA